CUCUCGCUCUCUCUCUCUCUGUAUAUAUAUAUAUAUACACACACAGGUGCUGGUCAUAUAAUUAGAAUAUCAUGAAAAAGUUGAUUUACUUCAGUAAUUCCAUUCAAAAAGUGAAACUUCUAUAAUGUAUACAUUCACACAGACUGACAUAUUUGAAGUGUUUAUUUAUUUUACAGUUUAUGAUUAUAACUAACAGCUAAUGAAAACCCCAAAUUGAGUAUCUCAGAAAAUAAGAAUAUUGUGGAGACACCUCUAAUCAGCUGCUUAACUCAAAACACAUGUUAAGGCCUUUAAAUGGUCUCUCAGUCUAGUUCUUGUUAUGAACGGAACAGAGGAUAGGACCCAAAAAUGCACGACUCCAAAACAAAAAAGGGAGGUUUAAUAUACGGGCAGAGGUCGGUACACAGGCAGGCAAUCCAAAAAAGGCAACAGUGUCCAAAAACAUGAGGCAAAAAGGCGAGGUCGAUAAUCGGAACAGGGUCUAAUCUUACUGUGAGUCUGUGACGUGGAAACAAGGAAUGCUGGAACGCAACGACAAGGUACAACGAACUGGCGACGAGAGAGAAUGAGACACGAGGUUAAAUGCAAGGGGUAAUCAGGGUGAACGAGGCACAGGUGGUGAAGAUGCUCUCCGGAGCAGGUGUGUGUGAAACAGGGGGAAGACAAAAACCGGAACACACACCCAUGACAAUUCUGCAGGCUCAUGACUGCUGACCUGACACUUGUCCAAACGAACACCAUUGACACCUUGCACAAGGAGGGCAAGACACAAAAAGUCAUUGCUAAAGAGGCUGGCUGUUCACAGAGGUCAGUGUCCAAGCACAUUAAUUGAGAGUGCUGGUGUUGGUCCACAGUGUUUCCUUUGGUCCAAGGUCAAUGCAACCGUCUACCAGGAAGUUUUAGAGCACAUUUUCCAACUGGACUUGGCACUGCACACAGUGCCAAAGCUACCAGUACCUGGUUUAAGGACCAUGGUAUCCCUGUUCUUGAUUGGCCAGCAAACUCGCCUGACCUCAACCCCAUAAAAAAUCGAUGGGGUAUUGUGAAGGGGAAGAUGCGAUACGCCAGACCUAUGCAGAAGAGCUGAAGGCCACUAUCAGAGCAACCUGAGCUCUUAUAACACCUGAGCAGUGGCACAGACUGAUCGACUCCAUGCCAUGCCACAUUGCUGCAGUCAUUCAGGCAAAAGGAGGUCCAACUAAGUACCUCAACGCACCCGGCUGUCAAACUCCUGAUGUUUGCAGAUGACACCACUGUCAUCGGCCUCAUCAUGGAUCGUGACGAGUCUGCAUAUCGACAGGAAGUGGAGCAGCUGGAGCUGUGGUGCAGCUGACACAACCUGGAACGGAACACGCUCAAGACUGUAGAGAUGAUCGUGGACUUCAGGAGGCUCCUUUGCCACAGCUGCCCCGCACGCUGUCCAGCUGCCUUGUGUCAACCGUCAAGACCUUCAAAUUCCUGGGAAUUACAGUCUCUCAGGACCUGAAGUGUGGGCGAUCAACAUCAACUCUGUCCUCAAAAAGGCCCAGCAGAGGAUGCACUUCCUGCGGCUUCUGAGAAAGCACGGCCUGCCACAGGACCUGCUGAGGCAGUUCGACAAAGCGGUCAUCGAGUCACUCCUGUGUUCUUCCAUCACAGUCUGGUUUGGUGCUGCUACAAAAAAGGCAAACUCCAAAUGCAACGGACAAUCAAAACUGCUGGAAAGAAUGUCUGUACCCCCCUACCCACCCUUGAGCACUUGCACGCUGCCAGAACUAAAACAAGAGCGUGCAAAAUCCUCUCGGACCAUCCACAUCCCGGUCACUGGCUCUUCCAGCUCCUUCCCUCAGGUCGGCGGUACCGAUCAAUGCAAACUAGAACAAGCUGACAUUCCAACAGCUUCUUCCCUCUUGCAAUCAAACUUCUUAAACAGCUAACCUACAAUUCCAUUGCAACAUGCUGCCAAUUUUUUUGUCGAGUUUGUUGUCACAUUUCUGUCGGGCCAAUUAUAUAUUACUCAUGCACUCACUGUAGUAGUGCACUGCACUAUUUGCAGAUCUGUUGUUGACUAAUAAUGGCCCCUCAUGCCAGAGUAGCAUCUGCACCACUUGCACACUGACUGAAGAGUUUAUGCAACAUUUGCACAGUCAACAUUGUCCCAGAUUAUCGCACUACUCGUCCCCUUAAACUGCUUACAUUCCUUGAGGUCUCGGCGCUCUUUGCACAAUGGUUAUUGCACCGGACUAUUGCGAGAUUAGUCAUUCGAACUGCUCUAAGUGCUAGAGGACUCUGCAUCUUUCUGCACAAUUGUCAAAAAAACAAAAUAAUUUGUACCGACAUUACCAGAUAACUAGGAACCCUUUAUUGCUCAGGGAGCUGGAGGUGGCAGAAAUGAAGAUGUUGAGGUUCGCUCUCGGAGUGACCAGGUUGGAUAAAAUUAGAAAUGAGCUCAUCAGAGGGACAGCCAAGGUUCGAUGUUUUGGAGACAAAGUUAGAGAGAGCAGACUUCGAUGGUUUGGACACGUCCAGAGGAGAAAUAGUGAGUAUAUUGGUAGAAGGAUGAUGAGGAUGGAGCUGCCAGGCAAGAGAGCUAGAGGAAGACCAAAGAGAAGGUUGAUGGAUGUCGUGAGGGAAGACAUGAUGGCAGUUGGUGUUCGAGAGGAGGAUGCAGGAGUUUGGCUUACAUGGAAAAGGAUGACGCGCUGUGGCGACCCCUAACGGGACAAGCCGAAAGGAAAAGAAGAAGUUGAAAUUUUUGCAGAUUUAUUGAAAAAGAAAAAAUGAUAUAUCACACAACCAUAAGUAUUCAGACCCUUUGCUGUGACACUCAUAUUUAACUCUGGUGCUGUCCUUUUCAUCUGAUCAUCCUUGAGAUGGUUCUACACCUUCAUUGGAUUCCAGCUCUGUUUAAUUAUAAUGAUUGGACUUGAUUAGGAAAGCCACACACGUGUCUAUAUAAGACCUUACAGCUCACAGUACAUGUAAGAGCAAAUGAGAAUCAUGAGGUCAAAGGAACUGCUUGAAGAGUUUGGAGACAGAAUUGUGGCAAGGCACAAAUCUGGCCAAGGUUACAAAAACAUUUCUGCUGCACUUAAGGCUCCUAAGAGCACAGUAUGAAUAUUCUCAACUUCUGUGUGAAUAUCUUGAAAACUGCGUUACGUUUGUCUAAAAAACAAAUGCGCGUGCCCGCUGAUCCACAUACGCACUUCCAACAAUUCCCAAGCCGAAUUCAAUAUUUACAAAUGAUAAUUCAUGAUAAAUGCACACACAACAUAAAAAAAACACGUGUAAAUCGCGGAUAUAUUUAUGGAUUUGAAAAGCACGUGUAAAUCGCGGAUAUAUUUGUGCAAAUAAUUUUGAGAGAAAUCUCUCCCCAUCUUCCGAACGUUCCGGAGGGUCGAGAGCGCGCUUGGAGCCGAAUUCUGAACGUACCCUCAAUAACGCCUCCGCCGCAGCUUUUGUUCCGUGCACGUUUUCUCUUUAUGUAACCAUACGCGUUUCACUCAAUAAUUCUUCUCGAGCGAUGACCGAACGGACUGACGCCAUACAGUACGCCCACCGCGACUUUAAAUGAUGGAAAUAUCAUUCGUUAAAUCCUUUUGUCCCAAUAAACUCAUCUCUGUGCGCGUUGAAGCGUCCCCGCCUAGCUUAGCUUUAGCUUACUUUAGUUCGCUAGCCGCUAACGGAGAGACCCGUUUGUUAGCAAUUUUUCGCUAAAGAGAGACCGUGUUUGAAAAUGUGUGCAAGUACAACAGCAAAGUACGUGAAAGAACUUUGUGGAAUAAAAGAAGAGAACGAGCGACAACGUCAAGUCGUGGAAGCUGUUUGGAAGCAGCUUCGUGUUGUGUUACACAGAGCAGUCCAGGUCCUGCAGGAGCAAGCAGCCCAAGACCAUCAAAAUAGCACCACCAUGACAUCAGUAAAAAACAUUUUCAUCUUGAGCAACAGAAGCCAGAGUCCCCUCACAUUAAAAAGGAGGAGGAAGAGCACCUUCUCAUUAAAGAAGAGGAGCCAGAGCCCACCUACAUUAAAGAGGAAAAGAAGGAUGAUAUCACCAAAUUGCCAUCGUACUUUGUCCCUUUUGAAGAAUGAAGAUGAAGACAACAGUCGGAGUGAGGAGAACAAAGGGGCGGAGCCUCCAAGCAGCAGCUCAAGUCGACAUAUGACAACAGAAGGUGAUGGAGAACACUGUGGAGGAUCGCAAGUAGACAACCUCAUAGCUCCACUUUCAGAUAGUGACGACACCACCUCACACUUUGGUGAUGAUGAUGAUGAUGACGACUACUCUAUUGGUGAUAUGGCAUGUCAGACUGACAACAAAUGCUGGGAAUGUUCUCAGUGUGGGAAAACAUUUAGUUUAAAAGGGAAUCUGAACACUCACAUGAGAAUACACACUGAAAAAAAAAAAUGUGUCUGCUCAGUUUGUGGUAAAAGAUUCUCUUAUAAGGACUGUUUGACAGUACACAUUAGAACACACACUGGAGAAAAACCUUUUGUCUGCUCUGUUUGUGGAAAAGGCUUCUCUCAUAAGGGAAAUUUAACAGUGCAUACAAGAACACACACUGGAGAAAAACCUUUUGCCUGCUCAGUUUGUGGUGAAAGAUUCUCUCAAAAGAUAAGUUUAACAAUGCACAAUAGAACACACUCUAAUGGUGGUAUAGAAUAUCACACUGACAACAAAUGCUGGGAAUGUUCUCACUGUGGGAAAACAUUUGGUUUAAAAGGGAAUCUGAACGUUCACAUGAGGAUACACACUGGAAAGAAACCUUUUGCCUGCUCCGUUUGUGGUAAAAGAUUCUCUUAUAAGGACUCUUUAACAGUACACAUACGGACACACACUGGAGAAAAACCUUUUGUCUGCUCAGUUUGUGGUAAAAGCUUCUCUCAUAAGGGAAAUUUAACAAUGCAUACAAGAACACACACUGGAGAAAAACCUUUUACCUGCUCAGUUUGUGGCGAAAGAUUUUGUCAAAAGAUAAGUUUAACAGCACACACUAGAACACACACAGGGGAGAGACCGUUUACCUGCUCAGUUUGUGGUGAAAGCUUCUCUGUAAAGUCAAAUUUAACAAUCCACACAAGAACACACACUGGGGAGAAACCUUAUGCCUGCUCAGUUUGUGGGAAAAGAUUCUCACAAAAGAUAGGUUUAACAAUGCACACAAGAACACACACUGGGGAGAAAACUUUUGUCUGCUAAGUGUGGCAUAAUAAUGUUUAUUGGCCGGCACGGUAAUCGACUGGUUAGCACAUCUGCCUCACAGUUCUGGGGACCGGUAUUCAAAUCCCGCCCCACCUGUGUGGAGUUUACAUGUUCUCCCCGUGCCUGGGUGGGUCUUCUCGGGCACUCCGGUUUCCUCCCACAUCCCAAAAACAUGUGUGGUAGGUUAAUUGAAGACUCUAAAUUGCCCGUAGGUGUGAAUGCGAAUGGUUGUUUGCUUCUAUCUGCCCUGCGAUUGGCUGGCGACCGGUUCAGAGUGUACCCCGCCUCCUGCCCAAAGAUGGCUGGAUUAGGCUCUGGCAGCCUGCGACCCUAGUGAGGAUAAGCGGUAAAGAAAAUGGAUGGAUGAUGUUUAUUGAAAAUGCAGCCGGACAGAAAAAGGGUUUUAGGGGACUUGCAGAGUAGACAAGGGGAAUAGGGGUGCAAAUCAAUAGUAAGUCUAAAUAUUUGACCACAAAUAACAUUACAACAGUCAAAUCGUGUUCUUAUUUGUGGGGGACACCUGGUGAGGACAUGCAACAACUAACCAACAGAAAGAUGAGAGAGGACAGAAAAGGGCAGUACAGGACAGGAUGUGGGAAAUGAGCAAGGCAGUGCUACUGAUGAGUGGUGGUAUUAUUUUUUUUUAGUGUCUCAACACCUGUAAGAACCUGUGAGUUGAUAUCUUAAUAUAACCCAUGUUAUUAUUAGUGGUCCCAGCACAAGAAAUUAAAGCCUAUAGCGUGCCUAUGGAAUUUACGAGUGAAUGAACACCAUAUCACAUGCAUGUUAGUCAACUGGUGUAGGAAGUUGCUGAGCCGGCAAAUUGAGGAAGGGUGGGCUCAGUCCCCUCACCCGCAAGGGGGGGCCAACCCAGCGAGCCCAUCCCGCGGGGGACCCAGGGCGGUCCCCAAGCACAACUGAAGCGCCCCGAUCAGUCCCAAAGUGAGGGGCAUGGGUACUUGCUGUGCACGUCUUGAACACUGAGGGGCAGUGUGGUGCAAGCAAUGAGAUACUUGCAGUAACAAAGAAAGAAGUCACGAUCGAAUAGUGUUAAUAUAAAUCGCUUUUUUUUUAACAGAGUUUGAACAACAUAUGCCUGAGAGUAUUCUUAUAUUCCCUUUUUGUAUGUGUCCAUACAGCGUUUGUGUACCAUCAUUCCUUGUUUUGAGAGAUGCAUGUGCUGUGAGUUUGAUGCAAAUUUUUGUUUGCUCGUCACUGGUGUUUUUCUUUCAUUGUGUAUUCGGGUUGAGCUAGCAAUUUUUAUGAACAAAAACGAGACGGUUUGUGAUGUAUUUGAAUAUUCAAUAGGUGCAAUUAUUUUGUUAAGUGAGUUUAGUUUUAUAGUGAGCUUCAACUAGUGUCAAUAAACGACUUUAAGCAAGCAACA